CCGCAGCGGGCUUGGACUCCUCUCUCUUUUCUUUGCCGCUCCGUCGAAGGAAAUGAGUGUAAGUGCGAGGCAGAGAGAGCCCACGGGAACCUCCUCCUCCCUCCUCCUAUAAAUUGCCUCUUCCCGUCUAUUUUUCUUGAUCUGUUGCUCUCUUGCUCCCCUUUUCGAUCCCCGAGAGAAAGGAAGUUAGAGAUCUUCGGUGGAGCUCUCCGGCCGGCGAGGAGCGAGGUGGGGGUCAAUGGCGGCUUCGAGUGCGGACGACGCGGAGCUCCGGCGGGCCUGCGCCGCCGCCAUCGGCGGCGCAGGGAGUAGGCAGGAUAUCGUGCUGGCGAUCCGAGUUGCCAAGGGCCGCGGGAUCUUGGAGAAGCUUGGCGGCCGCGUGGCCAAACCUAGGGUUCUUGCGCUCACCGCAGCUCAAAAUUCAUCCAAAGGUCAGAGGCCUAAAGCUUUUCUCCAUGUGUUGAAAUAUUCCUCUGGGGGAGUUGUUGAGCCUGCAAAACUCUACAAGCUAAAGCAUCUUGCAAAGGUGGAGGUUAUUUCAAACGACCCUACUGGCUGUACUUUUAUUCUGGGAUUUGACAAUCUCAGAAGCCAGAGUGUUGCCCCUCCACAAUGGACAAUGCGUAACAUAGAUGAUAGGAAUCGGCUUCUUCUCUGUAUUUUAAACAUGUGCAGGGAGAUGUUGGGUCGCCUUCCUAAAUUUGUUGGAAUAGAUAUUGUUGAGAUGGCUCUUUGGGCAAAGGAAAACACGCCUGCAGUGAUUAAUCAAGUAAACACCCAAGAUGGACCGGCUGCAUCUGUCAUGACACAAAGGGACUUGAAAGUUACUGUUGAAAAAGACCUUGUUUCACAAGCAGAAGAAGAAGACAUGGAGGCUCUUCUUGGAACGUAUGUUAUGGGCGUUGGGGAAGCAGAGGCAUUUUCAGAAAGGUUGAAGCGGGAACUUCUUGCUCUGGAAGCAGCAAAUGUCCAUGCAUUAUUGGAAAGUGAACCUGUGAUAAAGGAGGUAUUACGGGGACUAGAAGCAGCUUCUGUAUGUGUGGAUGAUAUGGAUGAGUGGUUACGUAUUUUUAAUGUGAAACUCAGACAUAUGAGAGAAGAUAUUGAAUCGAUUGAAUCCCGUAACAACCAAUUGGAGAUGCAGUCUGUAAAUAACAAAGCACUUAUUGAUGAGCUGGAUAAGUUACUUGAACGCUUACGUAUUCCUUCAGAGUUUGCAGCAUCAUUAACUGGAGGUUCUUUUGACGAGGCACGCAUGCUUAAAAAUGUUGAAGCAUGCGAAUGGUUGGCAGGGGCCAUUUGCAGUCUUGAAGUGCCUAAUCUGGAUCCAUGCUAUGCACACAUGCGAGCUGUUAAGGAAAAGCGAGCAGAGUUGGAGAAAUUAAAAAAAACAUUUGUUCGGCGAGCAUCGGAGUUCUUGAGAAACUACUUUUCUAGUUUGGUAGACUUUAUGAUAAGUGACAAAAGCUAUUUUUCACAGCGAGGACAACUAAAGAGGCCUGAUCAUGCAGAUCUGAGGUAUAAGUGCAGGACUUAUGCACGACUUCUGCAGCACCUAAAGAGUCUUGACAAGAAUUGCUUAGGUCCUUUGAGGAAGGCAUAUUGUCAUUCCCUCAACUUGCUACUUCGUCGAGAGGCUCGUGAAUUUGCAAAUGAACUUCGUGCAAGUACUAAAGCAUCAAGAAAUCCGACCUUUUGGCUUGAAGCUUCUACAGGUUCCAGUCAAACAGCAAAUAGUACAGAUACUUCUACAGUUUCUGAAGCAUACUCAAAGAUGCUUACCAUCUUUAUUCCGCUUCUUGUAGAUGAGAGUUCUUUUUUUGCACAUUUCAUGUGCUUUGAAGUUCCUGCUUUUGUUCCACCUGGUGCUCCUACUAAUGGUACUAAAAGUGAAUCUGAUGGCAAUGAUGCAAACGACGACGAUCUGAGCCUUAUGGAUUUUGAUGGAAACAAUGUUAAAUCUAGUAAUAAUUCUGGUGAGUUGGGAACAUUGAAUGAAGCUCUUCAAGAUUUGCUCGAUGGAAUCCAGGAAGACUUCUAUGCAGUGGUAGAUUGGGCAUACAAAAUUGAUCCUCUGCGCUGCAUAUCAAUGCAUGGUAUUACAGAGCGCUACCUUUCCGGUCAGAAAGCUGAUGCAGCAGGAUUUGUGCGUAAAUUGCUUGAUGACUUAGAGUCAAAAAUAUCAAUGCAGUUUGGCAAGUUUGUUGAUGAAGCUUGCCAUCAGAUUGAGAAGAAUGAACGUAAUAUACGGCAAAUGGGAGUUCUAUCUUAUAUCCCAAGAUUUGCUACUCUUGCAACACGAAUGGAGCAAUACAUCCAGGGGCAAUCUAGGGAGUUGAUUGACCAGGCAUACACAAAACUAGUUAGCACAAUGUUUGCGACUUUGGAGAAAAUUGCACAAAGUGAUCCAAAGUAUGCUGAUAUUGUACUGCUGGAGAACUAUGCUGCAUUCCAGAACAGUCUUUAUGAUUUAGCAAAUGUUGUGCCCAUGCUUGCGAAGUUCUAUCAUCAAGCUAGUGAAGCUUAUGAACAGGCUUGCACACGCCAUAUAAAUAUAAUCAUUUACAUGCAAUUUGAAAGAUUAUUUCAGUUUGCCCGAAAAAUUGAGGAUUUGAUGUACACAAUUACUCCUGAAGAGAUCCCUUUCCAGCUUGGACUUUCAAAAAUGGAUCUGAGGAAGGUGUUGAAAUCCAGCUUAUCUGGAAUUGACAAAUCAAUCAAUGCAAUGUAUAGGAAGCUACAGAAGAAUUUGACCUCUGAUGAGUUGUUGCCUUCUCUGUGGGAUAAAUGCAAGAAAGAGUUCUUGGAAAAGUAUGAAAGCUUCGUUCAACUGGUUGCCAAAGUUUACCCAAAUGAGAGCAUCCCAUCAGUCACAGAAAUGAGACAGAUUCUUGCUUCACUGUAGGUAUACAUGUACAUAUCAAUGUUGUAAUAUUUCCUGUUGUUGAGAUAAUGUAAUUUUUCCCAUUUUGUUCUUUUCUUGUGCUAUUCAUUUCAUUCCAUUUGUAAGAUUUUUUUUGCUAGUUUCCGAUGGAUAAUCAUAAUAUACCGAUCUAUGGAACACCUGUAUGAUUGUGUUUUACAUUUAGAGGCCAAUCUACUUUUUUCCAAGAGGCA